UUACACAAGCUCAGGAUGAAUUACAGGCAUUUAUCGCCAACUGAUCUUUGGACUUGUCUUUGCUGAUCACGGUGACUCUGCAAAAACAAGUGAUUUCUCACAGGGAUGAUAUCACCGCUCAAGAGUAUGAUGGAACGCCAGGUCCUCCAAUCGUUUGCUACUUAUGCCACUAUUGUCGUCCUGAAGAUGAUGCUCAUGUCACCUUUGACCUCUUACUUCCGCCUCACAAGAAAGGUGUUUGCGAACCUGGAAGACACCAAGCUUGUUUCGUCAGCAGAGGACAAGAAACUGGUGCGAACAGAUCCUGAUGUGGAGCGAGUCCGCAGGUGUCACCAGAACGACCUGGAGAACAUUAUUCCCUUCGUGGUGGUCGGCCUGCUCUACGCUCUGACUGAACCUGAGCUUUCAACCGCUCUGCUUCACUUCCGGAUCUUUGCCGGCUCGCGCAUCUUCCACACCAUCGCCUACGUGGGUGCUCUGCCUCAGCCCAGCAGGGGUCUGUCCUGGAUAGUGGGCAUGCUGGUCACCUUCUCCAUGGCUUACAGGGUGCUCAGCACAGUUCUCCUCCUUUAGAGAAAAAAACACUACACACACAUAAAUAUACAGACUUGAAUUACAUUCAUGUUUGUGUGAAGUCUACCUUUACAAUAUUUCGCAGGAAAUCUAUUACUGUGAGACAACGUUAAGUCCAAGAUCAAUCACCCUGUCAGUCUUUCUUUGCAGUGCAUGGCAGCAUUUUACCCAGAAUGCAUCUUAUAAUGUUUCAGUAUCACAAUUUUUUUUUUAUAACAUAUUCACAAAUAUAUUAAAAAACACAUUAUAGAUUACAUUUAAAAGUAUGUGAAACUGCACCUUUUUAUGGACAAAAAUAAAUGCUGUACUAUAUUAGUGUUACAUAUGUACAGGUUUACUAAUGGUGGCCUGCUAGUCUCUAAACUAUGUCUUUGUUUUAUAUGUUGCUUCAUCUAUUUUAAACACUAGUAGCCUCUUGUCUUAAAACAAAAACAAUUAGCAAUAGACAUGAAACAGCAGUACAUUACACAGUGGGAAACAAACGACAUGAUUAAGAUGUUCUACUGAAGGGUCGUCGUUGUAAUUCUUCACGUAAACCUCUCCAUUUGAAUUUUGUCUUUGAAGAACAUGAAUCCAACAUUGCAUCUGAUUUUUUUUCUUUCUUUUCCUUGUCACCCAUGUUGAUGUUAAGUUGGUUGUCAUGGCAGAACGUUCCAAGUAACCAUAAAGGGUCACAAGUGUUUACAAGAGCAGCAUCACCGUGGAGUCUGUCCUCAGAUGACCCUCAUGUAUGACUUCACGUAUUUGGUCCCUCAGUUACUAAUAAUAAAAACAUGAAAAGAAAGCAUCGUAAAGACACGGAGACAUACAAUAAUUAUGAAUGUGUGGAACUCAUGAAUAGUUGAUUAUUGUCUGAUUCAUAACGAUACAGCGCAGAGCAGAUUAUCACAUAUAUAUCAGUGGUAAUGACUUGAAUCUUUGAAUUUUUUUUAUUGGUUAACUUUCCCCUUGUAAAGCUCAUGUAAAAUUCCUAAGCAUUAAUGAAGACGAACAAACCAUCACGAAUGCAUUAUUUACUGUAAUUCACUGAAGAACUAAUUAUUUAUUCAUCAGAAUAAGUAACACUUUGAAUGAUGAACAAAGCGCUCUCAGGUUCACUUGUUUAUCCUCAAUCAUCUGUCAGGAUCUUUCAGGAAAGUUGCAUCAAAUGACAUUAAUGAAAAAAAAAACUGAAAUUUAUAUCCUACUCAAUUUAAUAUGGAAACAUAAAUCAUACUGAUAAUACAGAAGGCAGUUCAUUUUAUUUUGUAACAGUGUCCUCAGUCAAGAUGUGUCCUAUGACAUCAGUUGAGCUGAAAAAUAAAUGAAAAUUAUGUUUCUUCUGGCUGGUAAUAACACAUUUUAAAGGUAAGCAAUAAUAAUAAUAAAAAUAGCAAAACAGAAAACAAAAAUACAAACUACAAAUACGAAAUAUAUAUUAAAUGUUUCUAUAUAUAGAUGCAGUUUUAUUUCACAGCAUGUGUCUGAAACAUUGAGAUUUCAAUCGUAUUUGAAUGUCCAGAUUUUCUUAUUUAACUUAAAUCACUUAUAAGCAGCAGCAGCAUCAUCAGUAACAGCAGCAUGUAUUUACAGUUAAAGUUCAAGUUAAAAGAAAAUAUACAUUUUUCAAAUAUUUUCUUUUUCUUGCUGAACUUCCAUUCUAAUAUAUUUCACCUUUUCUACUUGCGUUAAAACGGUUUUCUCACUGUCGUCAUACAGUUUCCUCUUUUCCUCUAAUUAGCCUGAGACAGAUGCACAACACAUGAGUGACAGGCAUCUUUUUCCGCUUUGAUCCGUGUGAGGUUCAGGUAUUGUGAACAAAAAAUUCCCACAUUUUAUUUCUCAAUGACACAACAGGCACACGUGAAGAUUUUGUCCCUUUCAGCAGCUCGUACAGUAAAAGCAUUAAACUCA